AUGCAAGCACUGCACCAUAUGUGUUUGUUUGUGCAGAGCGAGGAUUUGGAGAGGUGUCUAGCAUUUGCAUCUUGCUGGAAUACGAAUGUUUCUCCUUCGCUGGACAUCGCGAUCGUUGGGUAUAUACCCAUUUUUUCCUUUCUAAACCUCAUGUCGACAAAUGUCAAACAUUCAUUAUUGGUCGUCCGCCAGGCCUCCCACUUGACUAACAUUCAUAUCCCGGCGGUGGGGCAAAGGCCUUUCCUUGUGCGAUUGGUUGGUUCAAGUCAAGUCCCAACGUCUAAACGUAGCCUGAAGAACUUCAAACCAAACUCCAAAGCCUUUGUUUGUUCUCCUCCGUCCUUGAACACCGCUUUUCACAAGGAUGGGUCCUGGCUUCGGACCCCAAAGGUCAGAGAGGAAACGGAUGCGUUCCCCUCCACUCAUAGAAGAGAAAUGGGGACUCUAGCUGUGAGACAAAAUUGUGGACUCCCCAAGAAGCAUCGUGAAGGUUUUGUGUCGCCGUCUGAGUUUGACCGAGGCUUUUGCUCUACAUCAUCUACAGCGACAACGACACGCUUGCCCAAAAUGAAAAGGUUUCUGCCUCCUUUAGAUGUGCCAGAUGAGGACGACGUUGCGAAAGUUGGUCGAUUCCUCUUUAGGCCGAGCAGACUUCCAGCCUUCAUAAUUUCCGAUCUUGACAAGCUACUCCUUACGGCUCACAGUAAGCCUCUCAAUUUCAAGCGUAAGAACGCCAUCUGCAAUCUAUGGAAGGCCUUCCAUCGAAUGCUUGUUUUGUUUGAACCAGUGUUACAUUCCAGGCCACAGGAUUUUCACCUUGGCGAUCCUUCCUACUCACGCGGAAAAGUGAGGUGUUAUGCAAAUGACCCUCGAGAUGCGUAUACGACCAUGGUCAUUGAGUUCACGCAAUUUACGCUCCGCGAUGAGGACAACUUUGGAAAGCUCUUGCGUGAAGCAGAAGGUGUCUUUGAGCACAAUCGUUUUCUAGGUGUGGAGACACCAAUUAUCAUCAUUUUUUGCUUUGACGACACAUUCCACUUUGUGUAUUACGACCCCAAUGAUACCUACAAAUUCCGAAAGGGACGGCUUCCGCCCCAAAAUCGCCCGAUGGUGUCCCAAGUGCCAUAUUGGCCCCCCACCAUCGAUAACAUCCGUAUCGUUGUGGAAUGCUUCUACCGCUUCCUCAUUCAAAGUUAUAUCUGGACUCUGGACAAAAACGAUAGGUUAGAACAAGGCAUUCCCAUGGAGGAAUCAGAAAUUUUGAAAUCAUUGAUCGAGGAUGUGCUUACCCAGACAGGACGGGCAGACAUUCUGUGUGACAAGGGACUUGAUGAACAGGGAGAUGCUAUGGCAGAAGCCGCCUUCUAUGGUCUCAUCCGUAGCUGCCCAGGAAGGCCUUCAACUGAAUAUGAAGAGCGACAAGUGUCCUUUCAAAAUGAUGAAGAUUUGAAUCAUGCGGAUUUAUCUGUCCCGAACCAAUUAACCAUCGCAUCUAGGGGUGCCAAACCUGACGAGAGUAUUCGAGCACAGUCCACAAGCGGUGUGGCCUAG